CGACGCAGCUAUGUUAGAAAAAAAAUGCUCUUUAUUUGUAAACUCGGUAGCUAUUUUUAUUUUUGGUCCCGAUAAUUUAGUUACAAGUACUAUAACCGGAAAUCACUCUCGAAGGAAACCUUCAGACGGUGAUCGGCCAAAAAAAUUAGAUCAGCGUUCACUGCUUGAAAUGAGAGACUUUUACAAGUAUUAUCUUGAUAAAUCACCGUACAUGACAAUUUUUGAGCUACUAGAGCGAGACGAUGAAUUUAAAAAAUUAUACACUUAUUUAUCAAGAUUUAUUGCCAGUGUAAAAAAAGCAUCGGAUCCAGAAGCUGUUAAAGAAAAAAAAGUGGAAAAGAUAAAUAUAAACGAUAAAGAAAACAAUGAGGCUGAGAGUCAAGUUACGAUUCCACGAUCAAUUAAUGAAAUAGAAAACGAGAACAACGGAGUUAAUAAUGAUCCUGAUUCAGAAAGUGGUAAUGAAGAAUUUGAGAAUGCAGCCGGAGAUAGAUAUUAUAACUCCUCGGCUCAUGAUGAUUCAGAAGAUGAUGCAGAGGAUAAGACUGAGAAUUCUUUAUAUAUAGAUGAAACCAUAAAUCUAUAAAAAUACAUUUUAAAAGUUCAUGUAUGAUUUCCUGUUUUUAUU